UCACUUGACGAGACUACUUGUCUCAGGUCAGUCUCUUUUAAUCGACCGGCCAUGAUGUUGAGUGCGGUAUCGAAGGCGGCCGCUGGUGCCCUGAGGAUUGCUAAACCCUCCCUCAUUCAGAAUGAGGUGACGAAGGCAUCAUGCGCCUUCGCUGUAAACAAAAGAGAUUACGCAGCGAAAGCUGCAGCUGCGACAAAAGGUGGUGCGCAAGGAAAGGUAGUUGCUGUCAUUGGUGCUGUGGUUGAUGUACAAUUUGAAGAUGCCCUUCCACCAAUUCUUAAUGCCUUGGAGGUGCAAAAUCGUACACCCAGGCUGGUACUUGAGGUUGCUCAACAUCUUGGAGAAAACACAGUGCGCACUAUUGCCAUGGAUGGUACGGAAGGUCUGGUACGUGGUCAAAAUGUUUUCGAUUCUGGAUAUCCUAUUCGUAUUCCUGUGGGAGCCGAAACUCUGGGUCGCAUUAUCAACGUCAUUGGUGAACCCAUCGACGAACGCGGACCUAUCCCUACGGAUAAAUUGGCCGCCAUUCACGCAGAUGCCCCCGAAUUUGUAGAGAUGUCUGUCGAGCAAGAGAUUCUAGUCACAGGCAUUAAGGUCGUGGACUUGCUGGCUCCUUACGCAAAGGGUGGAAAGAUCGGUCUGUUCGGCGGUGCUGGAGUCGGCAAGACUGUACUCAUCAUGGAGCUGAUCAACAAUGUAGCUAAGGCUCAUGGUGGUUAUUCGGUAUUUGCCGGUGUAGGUGAGAGGACGCGUGAGGGCAACGAUCUCUACCACGAGAUGAUCGAGUCCGGCGUCAUUUCCCUUAAAGAUAAGACCUCUAAGGUAGCGCUGGUGUACGGGCAGAUGAACGAGCCGCCUGGCGCUCGUGCUCGCGUAGCUCUCACCGGACUCACCGUCGCCGAAUACUUCCGUGACCAGGAAGGGCAGGAUGUACUGCUGUUCAUUGAUAACAUUUUCAGAUUUACCCAGGCUGGUUCCGAGGUAUCUGCCUUGCUAGGUCGUAUUCCAUCCGCUGUAGGUUACCAACCCACUUUGGCCACGGACAUGGGUACCAUGCAGGAACGUAUUACCACAACAAAGAAGGGAUCCAUCACUUCUGUGCAAGCUAUUUACGUGCCUGCUGAUGACUUGACAGAUCCCGCACCUGCCACCACCUUUGCUCACUUGGACGCUACUACUGUAUUAUCGCGCGCCAUUGCUGAACUGGGUAUUUACCCGGCCGUCGAUCCUCUCGACUCUACAUCUCGUAUCAUGGAUCCUAAUAUUAUCGGCGCGGAACAUUAUAAUAUCGCUCGUGGUGUACAGAAGAUUCUUCAAGAUUAUAAAUCGCUUCAAGAUAUUAUUGCCAUCUUGGGUAUGGACGAGUUGUCGGAAGAAGACAAGCUGACGGUUGCUCGUGCACGCAAAAUCCAGAGAUUCUUGUCUCAGCCAUUCCAGGUCGCCGAGGUGUUUACUGGUCAUGCCGGUAAAUUAGUACCAUUACAGGAAACCAUCAAAGGAUUCCAAAAAAUAUUGGGCGGAGAAUUGGAUCACCUACCGGAAGUAGCAUUUUACAUGGUCGGUCCGAUCGAGGAAGUAGUAGCAAAAGCAGAAUCAUUGGCGAAACAAUAAAUUAACUCACAUUUAUCGUAAAA